AUGUACAAACGAUUCCUAAAUAUUUAUUCAAGAUCGUAUGGCUUGACUCCAUACAAUCCUGGAGAAGUAGGAUACCUCUCAGCCUGCGCAAUGAUCCUUUGUGUAUCAUGUAACAGGAAAGCAGAGAAGAGCAGCAAUCCACCAUACAAACUGAUUGAGUACAAUCCAGCACCAAGUGCUGUUGUAGGAGGCAGGAACAUUGACCCAAUGGAAGAGACAAACACUACUCCCAAUCCCAUGGCCAAGGGGCCACCCAUGUAG